AUGGCCACGACAAAGCCGCGCAAGGCGCGUGCCCAAUCACCCCUCCUCAAAUCCUACCUCCUCGCAUUCAACGCCCUCUCCGCCCUCCUCUGGGCCCGUCUCCUCUUCCUGACUCUCUGGUUCAUCGCUACUCCACGCACGACAAGCGCUCACCGUAUCAUCUUUGGCCAGACUGCGACCGGACAACAGCCGUGGGCUUCUGUUGCCGCACUCGCAGACCACCUGAGUGGCGGGUACGACUUUCACGGUUUGGGCGAGGCGACAAAGUGGACCCAGACGUUGGCCGUGCUCGAAGUCGUGCAUGCCGCGCUUGGGUGGGUCCGCUCGCCGGUCGGGACCGUUGCGAGCCAGGUCGCCAGCCGUCUCUGGGCUGUGUGGGGGGUUGUGGAGCCUGUGCCGUCUGCCCGCACCAAUCCCCUCUUCGCGACCAUGCUCUUCGCAUGGAGCGUGACUGAGGUGAUCCGGUACACGUUCUACUUCCUCGCCCUUCUCAACAUCGACCUCUACGCCCUCAACUGGUGCCGGUACACCUUCUUCCUGGUGCUGUACCCACUCGGCGCGGGAUCCGAGGCCUUCCUCUCGUUCUCGACGCUCCCGCCUCUCCGCACGCUGCCUUACGUCCCCAAGGUCCUCGGUGCCAUGCACAACAUGCUGCACUCAAUGCCGGCGCAUUUCAGCCGCGCACUCAUGAAGACCAACCCCGGGCGCUCGCUGUUGUGGUCGGUCGCCCGGGCGCGGGCAGCCAAGAGCGCCGGAGCGGUGUGGGCGCCCAUCCAGAUUGCGCGGCUUGUGCUGUUCGUCAUUUGGUGGCCUGGUCUCUACGUCCUCUACACCUACAUGCUCAAGCAGCGGCGCAAGUUCUUCGCCAAGGGCAAGACUGUCGGCGGCGUCAACAAGGCCAACUAG